AUGUCCGAGACCUCGGCGACCAAGUCCUAUGAUGAUAUGACACAAGAAGAGAGGGAUAAACAUGAUAGGGAGCAGAGAGAGAAGGAGGAAGCAGAACAAGCGGCCCUACCAUACAAGUGGAAACAAACCUUACAAGACGUGGAUGUGACUGUCCCCGUCCCAAAUGGCACACGCGGCAAAGACGUUGAUGUUAUCAUAAAGAAAAAUCAUUUAACCGUCGGGUUAAAGGGUAAAGAGCCAAUCAUAAAGGGUGAAUUAAGCAAAGAUGUUAGAACCGAAGAAUGUACAUGGACUAUUGAGGAUAGGAAAGAAAUAGCAAUCCAUCUCGAGAAAGUGAAUAAAAUGGAAUGGUGGAAGAAUGUAAUCACUACUGAUCCGGCAAUCGAUACGACAAGGAUCCAACCAGAGAAUUCAAGUUUGUCCGAUCUGGACGGUGAGACACGGGCAAUGGUUGAGAAAAUGAUGUUUGAUCAACGCCAAAAAGCGAUGGGCAAACAGACAUCCGAUGAAUUACAGAAGCAGGCCAUCUUGGAAAAGUUCAAAGCGGCACAUCCGGAGAUGGAUUUUUCCAAUGCAAGGAUAUCAUAA